AUGGUACUCUAUGGCCUUACUCCCUCAGCUGGCAUUCCGAUGCUCCUGGUACAAGAUCAGUCUAAUACUGGACCUGCUUGGGUUGGCUGGCAGCUCUCAGACCAGCUGGUGCUGGCGAUCUCUUUCUGCUCCAACUUGUCCAUGCCCACCUGGGUAGGCUCCUACUCCCCCUUGGUCCUGGCUCAAGUCUUGCACCCAAUUGAUUGCCCCGUGCAGACUUCUCGUAUCUCGUCGAUCGAGCCGCGUGUGCUGGGCAAGAUCUAA